AUGCGCACCAGAACCACGGCCCUACUCGCAUGGAGCAGUCUACUAGGGCUGGCCCAAGCUGCCUGCCCCUUUGCCGAUCCGGGCGCGCUGGAGAAACGCGAUGAUAGCCAGUCAUCGGGCUUUCUUGACCAGUACAAGGUGGACGACAGUGACGGCUACAUGACGUCUGAUGUCGGCGGACCUAUUGAGGACCAGCACAGCUUGAAGGCUGGCAUCAGGGGCUCGACGUUGCUGGAAGACUUCAUCUUUCGCCAAAAGAUUCAGCAUUUCGACCAUGAGCGGGUUCCGGAACGGGCAGUACACGCUCGAGGUGCUGGGGCUCAUGGUACUUUCACCAGCUAUGGCGACUGGAGCAACCUCACGGCGGCGUCGUUCCUGAGCGCCGCUGGGAAGCAGACGCCCGUGUUUAUCCGAUUCUCGACCGUUGCCGGGUCCAGAGGCAGCGCGGACACUGCCAGAGAUGUUCACGGCUUCGCCACCCGGUUCUACACGGAUGAGGGCAACUUCGAUAUCGUUGGGAACAACAUUCCUGUCUUCUUCAUUCAGGAUGCCAUCCGGUUUCCCGACCUCAUCCACGCGGUCAAGCCGAGGCCGGACAAUGAGAUCCCGCAAGGAGCUACUGCCCACGACUCGGCAUGGGAUUUCUUUAGCUCUCAGCCAAGCACCAUGCAUACCCUUAUGUGGGCUAUGUCGGGUUAUGGUAUUCCCCGUAGCUACCGCCACAUGGAUGGCUUUGGUGUGCACACCUUCCGCUUUGUGAAGGAAGACGGCUCCUCCAAACUCAUCAAAUGGCACUUCAAGACCCUCCAGGGCAAGGCCAGCUUGGUGUGGGAGGAGGCACAAGUGCUUGCCGGCAAGAACGCCGAUUUUCAUCGCCAGGAUCUCUGGGACGCCAUCGAAUCUGGGAACGGGCCGUCCUGGGAGCUUGCCGUCCAAGUGGUGGACGAAGAGAAGGCGCUGGCCUUUGGCUUCGAUCUGCUAGAUCCCACAAAGAUCAUCCCGGAGGAGGUUGCUCCGCUGACCAAGCUGGGUUUGCUGAAGCUGGACCGCAACCCAACCAACUACUUUGCCGAAACGGAGCAGAUCAUGUUCCAGCCCGGCCAUAUCGUGCGCGGUAUCGACUUCACCGAGGACCCGCUGCUUCAGGGACGUCUCUUCUCAUACCUGGACACCCAGCUGAACCGACAUGGCGGACCCAACUUUGAGCAGCUCCCCAUCAACAUGCCCCGGAUCCCCAUCCACAAUAAUAACCGUGACGGAGCUGGCCAGAACUUGAUUCACACCAACAUUCGUCAUUACACGCCCAACACACUCAACAAUGGGUUCCCCCUGCAAGCCAACCAGACCCACGGCCGGGGUUUCUUCACGGCCCCGGGCCGCGUGGCCAAUGGCAACCUCGUCCGCCUGCUGUCCCCGACGUUCGACGACCACUGGUCGCAGCCGCGCCUCUUUUACAACUCGCUCACCCCAGUCGAGCAGCAGUUCCUCAUUAACGCCAUCCGCUUCGAGACAAGCCAUCUCACGUCCGCGACUGUCAAGCAGAACGUGCUCGCCCAGCUCAACCGCAUCAGCAACGACAUCGCCGUGCGCGUCGCCGAGGCGCUCGGUCUGGAAGCCCCCGCCCCGGACCCGGCGUUUUACCACAGCAAUGUCACGGCGGGCAUCUCCAUCUUCAACGCCACGCUGCCGACUAUCAAGACGCUCCGCGUCGGUGUCCUGGCGAGCGCAAAGUCUGACGCGGCGCUGCAGCAGGCUGCGCAGCUGAAGGAGCGGCUUGUCAAGGAAGGGGUGGUGGUGACCGUGGUGGGCGAAACGCUGGCCCUGGGGGUGGACCAGACGUACUCAGCGGCGGACGCGACGGCGUUUGAUGGCGUGGUGGUGGUUGACGGGGCCGAAGGGCUGUUUGGCGACGGCAAGGAGGCCCGCUCGGCGCUGUUCCCAGCCGGACGGCCCGGGCAGGUGCUGCUGGAUGCGUACCGGUGGGCGAAGCCGGUCGCGGCGCUGGGUCAGGGGGAGAAGGCGCUCAAGAGCGUCGGGGUGCCGAUCAAGGGGGAGGGUGUGUUUGUUGAGAAGGCGGUGGAGGAGUUGGUGACGGGGUUGGAGAGCGGGUUGGCGAGGUUUAGGUUUACCGACCGGUUUCCUAUCGACAGUUAG